UCCUGGCUCUUCCUUCCUCCACAUCCCUUUGAUAGACCCUUAAGUGGGCUCACAGAACGGGGCAGAGCUCACUCUGUGCUUCACCAUGGCUUACAUCGCUAAAUCCUUCUACGACCUUAGUGCCAUCAGCCUGGAUGGGGAGAAGGUAGAUUUCAACACGUUUCGAGGCAGGGCAGUACUGAUUGAAAAUGUGGCAUCGCUCUGAGGCACAACUACCCGGGACUUCACCCAGCUCAAUGAGCUACAAUGCCGCUUUCCCAGGCGCCUGGUGGUUCUCGGCUUCCCUUGCAACCAGUUUGGACAUCAGGAGAACUGUCAGAAUGAGGAGAUCCUGCACAGUCUCAAGUAUGUCCGCCCUGGCGGUGGAUAUGAACCCACCUUCACUCUUAUCCAAAAGUGUGAGGUAAAUGGGCAGAACGAGCAUCCUGUCUUCGCCUACCUGAAGGACAAGCUCCCUUAUCCUUAUGAUGACCCAUUUUCCCUCAUGACCGAUCCCAAGCUCAUCAUGUGGAGUCCAGUGCGCCGCUCAGAUGUGGCCUGGAACUUUGAGAAGUUCCUCAUAGGGCCGGAGGGGGAGCCCUUCCGCCGCUACAGCCGCACCUUCCAUACCAUCAACAUUGAGCCUGACAUCAAGCGUCUCCUCAAAGUUGCCAUAUAGAUGUGAGCUGCUCAGCACACGGAUCUCCUACUCCUUCCAGCUCCCAAGUAUUCUUCCUUAGGAUUCAGGGUGCCCUGAGGAGACACUACUGAGCUUAAACUUUCCCUCGACGUCACUCCCUUCAUUGAAGAGCCUGCCUUUCCCAUCUGCCUGUUUCUUUCCUCGCUCAACCUUCUUGGUGUUUCAACUUGGGGAUCUAAGACCCAUGUAGGCUCUGGGCCUUCACAGAAUGAUGGUAUCCUCCUAAAUCCUUAUGGGUGAUGUCUGAAAAGUGUGAAGGUCCUGGAGUCAGCCUGCUAGAUAAAAAUCCAAUAAAGGGCAGGUGUGGAAA